AUGGCACCAGGGUACAUGCAGGCCCCGGUGUGUCUGAUUGAUAAUGGGACAGACGGGCGCAUGAGUGUCCAGCAGGGGGCACUACAGAUCCUGGAGCAGAUCCAGGAGCCGGUGGUGGUGGUGGCUGUGGUGGGGCUCUACCGCACGGGGAAGUCCUACCUCCUGAACCGGCUGGCCGGGAAACCAACAGGGUUUGCCCUGGGCGGCACCAUUAAGUCCAAAACCAAAGGAAUCUGGAUGUGGUGUGUACCUCACCCCUCCAAAAAAGGACACACUCUGGUGCUGUUGGACACAGAAGGACUGGGAGACGUUGAGAAGGGCGAUGAGAAACACGACACCUGGAUCUUCUGUCUGGCCGUUCUACUCAGCAGCACUCUGGUCUACAACAGCUUGGGCAUCAUCGACAACAACGCCCUGGAGAAACUGCAGUACGUGAUGGAACUGACGGAGCACAUCAAGGUGAAGUCGAGCGAGCAUGACCAGACCACUGGGCUGAUGCGGGUCUUCCCCUCCUUCGUGUGGACGGUCAGAGACUUCACUCUGGAGCUGGAGCUGAAGGGCAAACCCAUCACUGCCGAUGAGUACCUGGAGAACGCCCUGAAGCUGAAAUCAGGCUCCUCUGCUGAGGUCAUGAGACAGAACCAGCUGCGCCAGGGCCUGAGGGACUUCUUCGCUCCGAGGCGCUGCUUCGUGUUCGACCGCCCGGCCAACGCCAAGAACAUGAGGCGCAUGGAGGAACUCACGGACGCAGACCUGGACCCCUCCUUUGUGGAGGAGGCCCAGAAGUUCUGCAGCUACGUCUUCAGCAACUCCAAGCCCAAAGCCAUGAGGGGAGGCCUGGGGGUCACUGGCAGGAUGCUGGGCAGCCUGGCAGAGACGUAUGUGGAGGCGAUCCGCAGCGGGCAGGUGCCGUGUCUGGAGAGCGCAGUGGAGUCCCUGGUGAUGAUCCAGAACGGCCGCGCCAUCACAGACGCUCUGCAGUUCUACCGGAGUGAGAUGGAGCGCUGGGUGCGCUUGCCCUCCGAGACACAGGAGGCGCUGUCUGAGAUCCACGCUGCCGCAGAGAAACACGCCGUCGACAUCUUCGUCAGAGGAUCCUUUAACGACCACGAACACAAGUACCAGCUGGAGCUCCUGGGGAGUGUGUUGAAGGAGUAUGAGGAGUGGUGUGGGCGUAACGUGGAGGAGUCGCGGCGUGUGUGCCGAGCCGUCCUGUCCCGUGUGUUCGCCCCCCUGGAGGAGGCUGUGACGGGGGGGGCCUUCAUGCAGCCGGGGGGGUAUAAGGCCUUCCAAACUGCCCUGGACAACGCCAUUCACCUCUACAGAGAAGAGAAGGGCAAAGGACUCCUGAGAGAGGAGGUUCUGACGGAGUAUCUGAAGGAUAAGAGAGCGGUUGGUGAGAACAUCCUGGCCGCUGAUCGCUCUCUCACUGAGGCCCAGCAGAGAAUGGAAGUUUGGCGCACGACCAGUGUCUUUAAGUUCCUCACGGGUGGCCGGGACUCUUACUUUGACGCCUGGUUGCGUCUGUUGGCAUGGGGACGAUGCGGCUUCCCCAACCUGGAUGACGUCACCCUCAGGAUUCCCGGAAACUCAGCGUUGUACCAGUCUGCGGUGGCAAUGGAAGUGGUGCAGAUAACAGCCGCAGAUCCCGCAGCCCGUCGCCUUGGCUCUGUCGUGGAAUCCUACAUCCCGUCUCCCGCAUCUCACCGCU